GUGGCGACAAGCUCAACCCUGAGCGCAAGGCCGCGCUGCUCGCCAUGUCUCAGGAGCAUUUCGAGGCUUGCAGCUUCUGGCUGUCGCCAGGUCAGAAGAGCCACCUUCAAGGGCUACGUGCUGCGCUACAGGGCGAUCCCCUCGCCGUCAGCCGCCAGGCGAAGCAGCAGCACGACUCCCUCAAGGACAGGGUGCAGAAGGCGAAGAACGCGUGGGAGCGCUCGCAGGAGUUGCUGUCCAAGCAGCUCCGCAAGUCCGCCGAGCUGCAUGCGAAGUUCAAGGAUCUCGAGGCCCAGGAGUUCGAGGCGGCGCGCAAGGCCGCCAAUGCCUACUCGGAGCUGGGGAAAGCAGGCCGUCCUGAACCUGCUGAUCCUGCUGCUCUUCUUGUGGCGCAGUUAUCUGAGCUGGGCGUCGAUCCGUCGGUCGUGGACACCAUCAAGAGCGUCGCAGAAGCCCACCACAAAGCCAAAUAUGAAGAGAAGAAGCGAGAGGACGUCGACAUGGACGGGGUCGUCAACUACCUCAAGAGUGGCGAGUGGCUGGACAAGCUGGUCGCCAGUGAAG